AUGAUUCAGUCAGUGUUUGCUUUCGUGCGUAGAUUGGUGAUCCCAUCAAGAGGGAAAGUAGACUGACCACAUCGCCUCCGAUCACAUCUAGCAGAGUAUCGGUCUCAUGUAGAAGCGCUCGGCCGCGAUAGAUGAGACGCUGGUUUUCGUCAGACGGCCGCAAGGGGAGGCUUUGUCGGAUCUUCUCUUUGAGCUGCUUGAUGGUCGUGGCAGCCGAGAGUCCAGGGAACAUCAGAGGUCGAUUAACGCCGACUGAUGGCGACAGCACCUGGAGGUUCACUGGAGGCGGAUCGGGCAAUGCAAGAGAACCCGGGCCCUGGGCCAUUUGGUGCUCUGAAGCCAUGAUUGGGAGAUAGCUUGCAUGCUACCAAGCUUCAAAGGGCGGGUUUCGAAGAGGGACAGUGGCAAGGCUUCGGGUUGCAAGGGCGAAGAAGAGGAGGAGAUGAAAGCGCCAGCUAUUGGGAAGCGUGCGUUUCUGUUUGUGUUUGUCAGACAGGCUGAAGGCAGGGAUGGCAGCGUUUUGCUUUUGGAUCCGAGCCAAGGCGCACAGCGGCGCUAUCACUCUGGUGGAGAAAGACACGGCAAAGACGCAGAGAGGCCGGCCAGCAGGGGAGCGAGGAAAAGGAGUGGAAGCUCGCGGGCUUCAGUUCAGUUGGAGGGCGGUGAUGCAAGAAGGCAAACCCGUUGCCUUCUAGAAGUCGGACAGAUUGCAGUCGAGUCGGUCGGCUGGCCAGGUACUUCGGAGGUACGUACCGCAGGCCAAGUUGCGCAACAGCUGGAAGGACGCCCCAUGCGGCUUAGCGCCAUGCGUGGUGAGAGGUGUCGCGUUUAUAAGCGAAUAGCGCUGAGCUGACGGUCUUCAGGGCUGCCAGGUAGAGUGUACUUGGAG